AUGAAAUUCUUCGACAACCCCGCUCGCGUCCUCGCCACGCUUUUGGCGCUCGUCCAAGUCGGACUCUCUUAUCCUACCUCCAUCGAUCUCACUGCGGAGGACUUCAUGAACAUGAAGACAGUCACCGUGAGACGGGAUGGUACCCCUGUGAAUCAGACUGACUCUUCGGAUAUCGUCUGUGGUGGUUGUACCUCGACCUUUCGCUACACACUGACGGCCGACGGCGGCAACCCCCAUCAGAACUUUGUUAUCACCCAGAAGGGCGGAUCGCUGAGCUUGUCUCUCGGUGUCAACGCUGGAUUCUCUUCGGCCGGAUUCAGUGUCUCCGAGUCCGAGACCUACUCGACGACCAACUCGUUCACCUGCAAUGGUGUAGCAGCCGAGGGCGGGGACAUCUGUGUCCUCUUCUACCAGGCUGUCACGGCCUUCACUGUGGACGUGACGGAGGUUACCGCUUGUGAGUGCAGUGGUUCAACUGUCAUUGAUCGGGGUACUGCCGUGGUCUAUGCCCCGAACGCGAACCAAAAGGGCAGUGUAGCGGGAAGAGGCAUCAAUGUGGACCAACAUGGUGUUGUGCAGUGUAGCGGGGAUGCUGACCGUCGAGUCAACUACUACUGUGGACCUCCCGGAGGCCCUGGAUAUUGGGAUGGGAAAGAUGCAGGUCCCUGGAACCCAGAUUAUGUCAACCGGCGUGCCCCGGCCGGCUGUGCUAUCCCGAUUGAAGCCAACAGGUAUUCGGACUGA